AUAGAAUGCCACACGCAUAUCCAAUAUGGCGGUCUUUUUCUAGUAGAGAAUUGUGUCAUCACACAUGUGGACAUAGGUAGUUUGGCGUCACAUUUUGAGCACUUAUCGGUGUAAGGAUCUAAAAGAGUUACAGCCAUAUCUAUUUAGAGGGGUAAUCUAUUGUGGAUGGUCACACUGAGCGUGCGGAUUCGCUUUGAGCGCCACAAGAAGUUGUGUUUGAAUACAGUUACCGUCGGCGAGUUCCCGCUACCGAAGCAUCUAUUGUUCGCUCAAUGUCACGUUGUGGGAUUCUUGGAGCCUUUGCUUGUACACUCGAUUUAAGAGGAUGAGAUAUUUUCAUGGAUUAUCAUGAGUGAUCAAGGAAUCAGUGAACAACCCAGCAAUGGACCUAAAUGCAUUGAAAUUCCACGAGGCUGGAGCCGGAUUCUUGAAAAUGGUUCCAUUUUGUACAUAAGCCCCAACAACAGCCGAUUGAGGUCCUUAGAAAAUGUGAUUGAGUAUCUCAAGACAGAUGGGACCUGUAAAUGUGGACUUGAGUGUCCCCUUUUCAUUCACAAAGUGUUCAACUUUGAUGCAAGAAUUCCAAGUAAGCUAAUUCCAGUGCACAGCAGAGCAGAACUUUCACAAUCAGGCUGCAAACACUGUGUUAUUGACUCAAACAACCCUCAGCAGCCAUCAGAAGUUGCAGGAAAUCAAGCCAGUGAUGCUAAGCUGUCAGGAUUUUCAGCAGUGGCCCCCAAAAGAGGUCCAGGAAGACCCCGCAAUCCCUUAUCCAAGUCACGGAGAGUUGCUGUACGAAAGCAUGACCUUGACAGGUCAACCUCACCACUUCAUAAUAUCCCUCUUCCUGUUCCAAGCUCCAUUGCUAACAGUCCUGUCCAGAGUGUUCCAGCCAACAUUGCAGUUGAACAGGGCCCCUUGCCAAGCUUUGCGACCAUUGUGAGCAGUUCAAAACUCUUUAACCCAGGAGCAGCCCUGGGGAAUACUAAGUUGUCAAGUAGUACUGUAACAAGUGGGAUAAGCAGCUCUCCUAUAGCAGCAGUGUCACUACUUCCAUCAAAGACAGCUACUACAACAGCCAAUGUUAGCUCAGCUCCAAGUCACAGUGUCACAGCAACUACAUCAGCUGUUACCACUUUGGCUACAAUGGGACAGAGUGUAGUGGAAGUUACUAAGACUGCAGUCCCUGUUUCAACUACAGUAGUUGUCACUCAUCAGCAAACAGCAGUAGCUGCAGCAUUACAACCGACUGGAAGUCAAACAGAAAAUACUCUGCCAAAGAGCACCAGGUCCUCAACCUUUGGUGUAGCAAAUACUCCAGCAACCACUUCACCAUCAAAUAGUAAGGAACCCAGCAGGUUAGCGUCAAGUUCAGUGACAUCAGUGGUGUCAACAAAUACAAAAACAAUUUCAACGGACACACAGGGUGUGAAGUCAGUUGCCAAUAUAAGUAAACUUCCUGAUGUCAAAGCUACACCCAAAGUGUCUGCUGCACGCACCAGCAAAGCAACAAAAUCUUAUGGACCAAGAAAAACAGUUGCAGCGACUCUCAAAGCUGCUGCUGCUGCGAAAGCAUCCAAUAUCUCAGCUGAUGCUGCAAAAACCAGUGUUAGUAACCCUAUUCAACAAACAUAUCAGGCGACUUCUACAGCCGAUGCUUCUGCUCCUUCUUCUGAGAAAAAGCUGGCAGCCAGUAAUGCAUCGAGAUCUCAAGCAAUAUCCACACCAAGCGUCACAACUACAGUUCAAGCACCAGCAUUAUUCCAUAGCGUGCUUAAAGAUGCAAUAAUGAAUGAACAAGGUGGUGCCAUUGCUUCAACUCUACCAAGUACGAGUGCUACAGUAAAAAGUAUCAUCAGCACAACAAAUGCUGCACCCAAUCACAGCUUAAGAGGAUCUCAGUCUGCGAUUAGCGCUUCCUCUUGUAGCAAGCCUACAGGAAUCAAAGAAACCACUCAAGUAACAACAGCUUUGCUUCAUGGUGUCCAAGUGAGUCAUUUACCACCAAGUGUGUCCCAGCAGGUACAAGGUCACAAGGCUCAGCCACAAAUGCCAGGGUACCCCAUUUCGUCAGGUGCCUUUGGCAGCCAAGCACCUCUGGUCACUACAAGUCAACAGCAGAAUGUUGCCGCUGCCACCGUGGCUCAAAGUUCGGCUCAAACAUCUGCUCCUGUGAGCAUCUAUGGACAGGCGCAAAAUACGGCUGGCUCGUCCCAAAUGCCAUCCUUGCAGAUCACAGCAUCGCAAGCUCAGGGAGGUGUUUUCUUUCAAGGUAACGGAAAUCAAGUAUUCCAAAUGAAUGUGGAUUCCAGCCAGCUGAAGGGCGCUUAUCAACUUCAUGGAGCUCUUUACCAAGGAGCUAUUCCAGCAACAUUUCUUGCCACAGCUAAUAUGAACAAAGCUGCACCAUCUAAUGCACCAGGAGGGAUCCCUCAUACGAUGUACCCCACCAAUCCCUACAUGCUUGGCAUUGUGAUGCCUGCUGCCCUAACGCAAUCUAUGCCAAACCAGCCAGGUCAAUCUGUACCAACAACAGCAACAUCUCCAUCAGCGACAGCUGCUGCCGCUGCAGCUGUUGCCGCAGCAGCCCCAGUAGCAUCAUACUCUUACAAUAAUCAAAAUGCAGCAAUCGCUGCAGCAUUUGAGUCAUUCGUCCCCAUUGCACCAGCUGCAUCUCCAAGGUUUUCCCAAACCUUGGCUCACUUAGCAAGUGCGUACACCCCAUUUUUGCCAAGGGGUGCGGUCCAAGGCAACGCCCCAGUACAAUUUGCUGCCGCACAGAGGAUGGUAUCGAUGGGAACGAUGCAUCCUCAAUCAGGUGGGAAUGGUCAAAUGGGGCAGACAGUUCUGAACCUUGGAGACUACACAGUUAAAUAUCCACUAAAUACAGCGAAACCUGGAUCAUACGGUGGCCAAUCGCCCACUGUUACUAGCGUAAGUCAAGCUAACACUCAUCAACAACAGACAGCCGUCGUUGCUGCUAUGCCGUAUGUCGCCUUUGGCCAAGUCAACCAUCCUCGAUUUCCGUUUUCCGUGAAUUUUGCAGCGCCAAGUGCCAGUACCACUCCGUCCGUGACGUCAUCUUCGCCAUCGCCAGCUUGUAGUUUCGUUACAUCUGCUACUACUACUCCUCAUCAACAUGGGGCUGGAAAUAACUCAGAUUCCCACGCCCUGCUGGGGUAUGUGGCGAUGCCGUUUAGCACUAAUUCAGGAAGUACGACUCACUCUUUGUCAGCUCCCACCCCACGUUCUGGCAGCGCGUUCUCUCCUCCCUCCAGUCACUCGGCCACAAGUCAUAGUAGUCAAAGGAUGAAUGUAUUAGGACCUGCUCCACACCUACCUACAUGGUGUGGAGCUAAAAGUUUAACUGGAGCAACUAAUCAACGGAGGUGCAGCACUCCUGAGAGUACAAGCUCAGGGGCUUGCAGUGUGGCUAAUUCAAGUACUUUUUCUGUUCCAUCAAGCAGAAGUAGCUGUAUGGAAGUCAGUACUUCCUCUGUGACUGCGCCCAAAACACCAAGUUUCAGCCAGUCGCCCAGGCAUCCGGGAGUUACGUCUCCCCUGAACUCACCACUGACUAUGCUGCCUCCUAAUCAGGGGCUAUCUGCUUGCCGCGGGUCACCAAAGGGUGAUUCACCCCUUUCAAGCGGUAGAAGCAACGCAGAAAGCGUACCAUCUCGUUGUCAAUCGUUAAGUGCCAAUGAAAAUCACCCGGCGAAAACGUCAUCUGACGCAUCUUGCGCUCUUAAGAGAACUUCUUAUGGUGACUCUAGUGAUCAAUCCAAAAAGGCGAAAUACGAUGAGUCGGCGUAUUAUGAAGCGUAUCCAUUACUGGGUCUGAAGAGAUCUUGUGAAGCCAUAGAAGCUUACUGCAGCCCUGAGCGGGACGAUGACGACGAGGAGGAGGACAAUGAAAUAGGUGAUCCCACGGUGUCAAAAAACGAUUCACCUUCCCCUGUAAACCACCAAUCAGGGGAAGGAAAUGUAAACAGCAAAAAAUGUAGCAACUUAAACAACGGAAACGGCAGCAGAGGAUUAGCUAAAAGCGACGAUGAACCAGUUAGUGACAAGCGCCAAUCUCACUCGGUGUACAACGGAGACGUGUCAGCCAAUCAAAAGGAGAGAUCACGAGAGCAAAGAGUGCAAAUGGUGACUGAGAACGCGUUUUCUAAUGUCAAGACGAAUCCCUUGUCAUCAAACACGCCUGAUAGUCAAGAAUGUCUGCGCGAGCCUUCCGUGCCCAUUACAAGACCCCAGUUUGAUAUCGGUGAUAUUGUGUGGGCACAGGCUAGGGGACUGCCAUCUUGGCCGGGCAAGGUCGUGGAUGCAAGUGAGGUCGGGAAAGGAAGGCCUGAUGAUGGAAAGCGCUGGGUGAUGUGGUUUGGUGACCAUACAUUCAGUCAAGUUGAAGUGGACAGACUCAAAACUCUAUCGGAAGGACUCAGAACACUUGACGACAAAGCUCGUAAGAAAAAGUACAAAGCUAAAAAGGCAAGGAUUGAGUUGGAACAAGCAAUAAGUGAAGCUUUAGAGGCUCUCGAGGUGAGGGAACGUCUUCGAGGUAGACAAGCUUCCAGAUCGAAAGCCAAAAAGAAACGCCUUAGAUGACGACGCAAGUAGCAAUUGAAUCAUAUUUGAACUAUCUUUAAGUGGGCCUGAUAAAAUUUGUGUUUAUAUCAUAGACAAGUAGUAAUAUAUUACUGGUAAUAAACCAAACACGUAAGCUAAGUACAGAGGAAGUUAGUAGUUAUGAAGAACUCAUUUGUUGCAAAUAACUUUUUAUCUUAAGAGCUAAUUUUUUGGCUGAUUAGGAAGAAAAGUCAACUCUCUUCUCCAUGAUGAAUUUCUUAGAAAUUAAUCAUAAUUCCGCCAUCUUUUAUAGACUAAAUAAAUGCAGGAAAAUUGAAUCGAUACUUAACCAUUCCAACCAGGGCCAUGUGUACAGGAAACUAAACAAAUUGAAGCAAUAACGUGAAGCCAACCCCACGUAAUUUUAUUGGCUGAGAGGACGAUAGCCAAUUACCCACGGUUAGAAAAACUAGGUCGAGUAUAUGAAGUCGAGCCUUUAAUUUAAAACGCAAUCAGACUUUCUUUCAUGGUUUGACUUCUCUCUCUGGGUUUUCUCUUUUAUUUUUUGUCGUGUUGCGACAACUUGCUAUUAUUAUUGUCAUUAUUACUUUUAUUAUUACCAUUAUUAUUAUUAUUAUUAUUAUUAUUAUUAUUAUCAUUAUCAUUCGCGUGAUGACAUACGCUCAAUUUUCACCGUUCUCUCGAAUGCGGACUUCGAACCUCCCGAGACCGAGAAAGGAACGAAGGAAGGGGCGUGAGCUCACUUCGUGUACAUCUUUGAUUGCUACCCUGGGAGAAAAUUAAUUUGAUUUUUCUGAAAGUUAGAAUUGACGUAUUUUCCAGUAGUUGUUUCUUUGUUUGUUUGUUUUGUUUUUAUUUAUUUAUUUUUUCACCUCAGCUAAUAUCUGGUUCUCGCUAAUCCUCCUCUUCCAGUUGGAACACGAUUCUGUUCUAUUUUUCCGUGCAUUUGUGCUGUUUUCUGUACGAUAGUCCUGACCCAAUAGAACUGACUAACAUUUUACAAAUAUGUGCAUAUGUUUCAUGUAUUUGACAUAGUUUAUUCCAGUUUUCGUUGUCACCAUUUACCAAAGUCAAGGUAUUUUGAACAGUUUUUCACCAACGUAGAAAACUCACUGUUGAAUAGGAAACCGUGCUAGUAUAGCUCACUAGAGACAGUAGACAUCGUGAGAGGGAAGCCUGAAGAAAAAGGUGAUGUUGAGGAAUGGCGGAUUUAAAGUCGGAUUUGUCAAAGGCGAUUUUGAAAAAGUGAGGCUGAUUUUUUAAGAUAGACGAACUAUAAAGUAGUUCCUUCAAACCACACAGGGGAGUCCUAAUGUAUUUCUUGCGGGGGGGGGCGGGGUUUAGUGGUUGGACCUUUUUGCGAGGUGAGGGGAUAAUAUUCACAUCAAAUUAAACAUUGUUGAGCAGUCUUCCCUAAGUGUUUCAUCAAAUCAACGGAUGAUUUUAUGGUAAGAAAUUGCCACCUGUAAAUAAUCGUUUGUCGUCCUCGUCUUUCCGCAUAAAUUUGGUAGAGCGUGUAAAUUUCCCUUGUUCAGUCUCAGAACCCCACACUUCUUGGCUGGUAAAUGGCAUGGUCACGCAAGGACUCUUCCCGCGAUGCCAAGCGUUGCGUGACAACCUUAUUGAUAGGGAGAGGAUGACUCAUGUCACGCAAGUUACCGAUCAACAUGGUGCAAUUAAUGUUAUUCCGGGUGUUUUUCUCAAAAUUAUGCCAUAACGAUGUAUGUAAAUCAUCCAUGAAAACCUGGCCUGUUGUACGAUACCCGGGCACAAACGGGUAUAUAAAUUAGUCGGGUUUAUUUUUGUAUGGGAUCUUAGUAAUGUAUAUAGCUGUAAUUAAAUUUUUUUGAAUGGUUACUAAUUUAUCGUCGAUUUGGGAGUGUAGAUCCGAUUCGAAUUCUUGGCUCACUUCAAUUUCUCACUUUUCUCUAAAGUAGUUAAAAGUUGAACAAAUGCUAACUUCAAUCAUUAAAUUAACGUUACAAUUUGGUGA